AGAAGAAAACUUUCUUACGUAAACAGUGCCUGGAAAACGAUGGCAAAACGAAAACACAAAUUCCACCAAAUCCAGCGUCAACAUCAACAACAUCAGCGAUCUAAAAAUACGUAAGACGAUACGCCGAGGCGACCGCCAACAGAGAAAUUGCCAAAUAUAGAAAACCUAAACAGAGUGCGGCGUACUAAAUAUAAUUUUAACGUGGCCCCGCGCGGAUUGUUUCAGUGCCUUUUCGAUGUUCCACAGUUGAAGAACGCCUUUCGAAAUAGUUGAACUUAACGAUCAUGGCGGGGGAGGUGUCCGACGCUGUUAAAAAGUGCUGUAAUUUAUUAAAAAACUCACCGGGGGAUAAUGAAAAAUUUGCUGCCUUGUUUAUGGUGACCAAGUUGGUGAAGGGAAAACAUGCGACUCCUGCUGCCAGGGUAGCUAUUUUUGAAGCAAUCGGCUUUGAUUUCUUACGUAGACUGUUAUUAACCAAUGAUGUACCCAUUGAUUGCCCCCCAUCAGUUUACAAGUCUCUUGCCUUAAGUAUUUUAACUGUCUUUUGUGCUGAGGAACAGUUGGCCACCAAGAAGGAAAUGCUUGACUUAAUCCCCGUUUUUCUUGAUAUAGUCAAAUCAGCUGAUGACAGUGAAAAUGAUGACAAUCUAAUGGCCAUAGGCGAGGCAUACAAUUGCCUUAAGGGCAUAGCCUUAUACGGCCCAGGCCAAAAAACUUUAAUAGAGGCCAAUGCUAUUGAAAUAUUAAGUAAUAUCUAUGCCAGUGCAAGUUUUCAAUCAGACGAAGCACUGAACAUUAUGGGGCUACUGGUGGCCAAAAAGGGGGCUCUUUCAUGGGACCCUAAAAAUCCCAAAGCCUUUCACGCUUUAGUAAACAAAAUCGCGUUGGAUUUUGAAACUGACCAAGAUAAGAGGAAGUUUGAGCUGGCCGAGUCUUUGAAUGCCAUAAUAUUUAACUGUCCCAGGAAAGUUGUGAGUGAGAGUGCAGCCAGUGAAACUUGGCCCCAAAGUAUUUAUAAGGGGUUGACUGACAUUUUGCAAAGUAAAGUGGGGCCAGCCCAGAGGAAUCCUGCUUUGAUUUUGGCUUCGAGUAUGGUGGAUCUGCUGGGGAUCGAGUGGAUUUUUAAUAAUGAUGAAGUUAAAGGUAAACAAAUUUUCCUACUCCUGAUCCAACUGGCCGCCAUCGAAGUCCGCAUGCAACUGGACGGCAAAUCCCUCAAAGGUACUCAGGGUAACCAAAACCUCAUCACAGCAUGCUACAUCAUACUAGAAUUAGCGUUAAACUUUAUGGCACAGGAUACUAUCGACUUGGACCAGAAAGAAAGGCAAAAUAUUUACACUGCCUUAAAGGGAGCCUUUACUGCUGUAAUCAACUUACUCCUAAAAGUGACUCAAGAUAAAAACAAACCGCAAGGCGAAGACAAACUAUUUGUUUGCGCCACGAUCAGGGUGUUAUCAGCAUGGUUAGCCCAAGAAACCACCGCUAUGCGACAGCAGGUGUACCAGUUGCUCCCCUUCAUGCUACAAAUGGCUUUCGACAGUUUCCACGCUUACAAAGCUAAACGGAUGGCUGAAAAGGCUGGAACACCUUUGGAAGUGCAGGAUCCAAUAGGUCAAAUGGAUCUUUUAAGAGUCCUUUUGCCUGCGCUAUGUCAUUUGGCUGUAGAAGACGAAUCUCGCUCAACUAUGCUUAAAGUGGGCAGCGAUGCCGUCUUAGUGGAAGCUCUGGAGUUCUAUUGGACUAUAGUGAACUACAAAAGGCCUCCAGUACCCAGGUCUGAGAGACUUAAGGCUCUUACCCAACCCAAACCAGAACUCACUCCAGAAAUCCUUGAAGAUAUUAAGGACGCCCGGCUGGCUAUGAUCAGUAUUUGUAACGUUUUGAUGAACUUAACCGUGUUGGAAAGUAAAUACGUGGAAUCCAGUCAGGUUUUUAACAACUUAUUGAAGUUUAUAUUCGAUACGUUGCCAGAGUUGAAAGACGCUCCAGAAAAUUUGGUUUUGCAUGGUAACCUCGCCGUGCUUGGCCUCCUGUUGCUGAAACAACUGUCAGCGAAAGUGAAAAAGAACGAUUUUUCGAUAUGUCGCUUUGUGCAAGGCACGAUACGAUUCUUAUGGGACGCCUAUAUUGUGGAUGAGUCAAACGAUCCGACUGAACUGGUCGUAGCAAUGAACUACAAAGAACACUGGCUUGAAAUGACAGAAUUGUGGUUCUUAGGCAUGCAAACGUUAGCGGGGAUAUUAUCGCAGAUCCCCUGGAUAAGCGAUUUUAUCGUAGAGUCUGGUUGGGCGGAGGGCAUCAUACAACUCCUUAGGAAAGUGAAAAUCGGCACUUUACCUCCCAACGUUAAGUCGGCUUUCGAGGAUUUGCUGUGCCAUCUGGUGGACGCGAACGAGAGCGUUAUUGAUGUUCUCAAGAAGGCUGAAGCUUUAAGGGUGUGCAGAAACCACCGACUGAUGGAACUGGGAAAGAAAUUGUUUGGGGAUUAAUUUAGAUUUUGAAUUGUUUUUUUUUUAAUUAUAAUUUCGGCAUUUAAGAUGAUAGUUAAGGCUUUUUAUAUACAGUGUUGAAUAAACACGUUUGUUAAAUAUG